AUGAGUGCUAUGCGCGAAUCCGACAGCCCGGCCGCCGAACCGCAGUUUUCGGCGCCCUCCAAGCCCGCCCCACGCGCCGGGCAUCGCCGUUCGCACAGCCUGACAACAAACGGUCUCGUGCGGCACACCCUGCAUAUCACCCCAGAACAGCAGGCAUACGUCAAUGGGCUCAUAGACAAGUGGGAAGCCAAGAAUCCCCCCAAGCCCUUCAAGCCCUUCGAUCUUCCCGCGGAGUUCGCAGUUCGCUUCAGCGCUCUAUCCAACGCUGCUGCUGAACCACUGCUACCUCAGCGAGACGACCCUGGAGCUCCCGAACGAGCCGGCCCCUCGGAGGAGCACCGAAGCGUCGCACUGCCCCCCACCAACAGGGAAGAGCAGAUGGACUCAACUGCUUCCCGCAAGCGCAGCCGCGAGGAGGUCAGCAGCGACUACGAGGAGGACGGACCUCGCAAGCAGUCGGCCACCUCUCCUGCCGAUCCCGAGCCUUCCGACGAGGACAACGACCCCACACAGUGCACUGAGGAGACAGGGACAGAGGCCACAACACCUGCGAGCCUCGACGAAGCCGCCGCUGCUACAGUGAACUCCUCGGCGGCCCAAACUACUUCGGCGAGCCCCUCCCCCGCCCUCUUCCCGUCAGGAGACACGCUGGUGGCCGAUGCUGCUGGCCAGGGCAGCGGUAGCCCUCCUCCCGCCCCUGCGGCAGAUGAGACGCCGACAACCCCUCUCGAUUCACUCUCGGCUGAAGUAGAGGCCAUGGACGAGGCUACAGUUGACAACUGCGCGCAGGAAACCACUCGGAAGACCACCCCAGCGACCGCAAUGGCCUUUCUGAGGUCCCCAACGACAGGAGAACAGCCAGCAUCCCGCAAGAGGAAGAAGAAGGGCAGGAAGACAGCUCGGAAACACCACAUCCCUUCACCCCUGAGCACCUCGGCUGUCUCUUCCUCUGCGGGACCAAGUGCCCCUCCUGUUGAUACUGUCACCACUGGGAGACCACCAGCCCUGACCCCUGCGGUUACCAGCCCCCCUGAGAGCCAGCCAGACGAGGUGAGCUUCCAGGAGGUGAAGUCAAAGGCUGCACUGCGGCGCGCCAGGAAAAUCACCACCGCUGCCCUGCCGGUGGACCCUGCUGUCGGGGGGACAGUGCUUUUCCGGCCCUCUGCUCCUGGCGGCUCAUUUCGCGGCACUCCACGCCUGAGUAUCGCGCAGGCACUCCCAUCGCAUCCGGGUGUUGCUGACAUCCGGGUGAAUCACCACCGCAACAUCGUGGCGGUGGACGCGACCUCUCAGGAGUGCCUCACUCUGCUCCUGGCCCUCACGGAGCUGCGGGGCAUACCGGUCACUGCCAGGGAGCCCGCGGACCGCCACACCAGCAUGGGGUUCAUUCAUGGCGUGGAUGGAGACACUGCAGAGGACACCCUGCUUCCUGGCCUCCAGUCUGCUGUUCCCGUGCUAGCAGCCACCAGGGAGGGCCGCACGGUCACGCUGCGUUUUGGAGGCCCAGUUCCGCCGGAGCAGGUGGCGCUCUUCCGCGUACGCUUCCCCGUGCGGCCAGCCAGGCCCGGACCGCUGCAGUGCAAGCAGUGUGGCCGGUAUGGCCACGUACGGGAGGCGUGCCGCUGGCCGGACAGCUGCAUCCGCUGCGGCCGGACCCACACAGCUGACGCGGACUGCCAGCGGCCCCGGUGCGUCAACUGUGGCGGCCCCCACUCGGCUGACACCCCACACUGUCCCAGGUGGCAGGAACAACGCCAGGUGGCCUCCAUCAUGGCGUCCUCCACCACUGCCCUCUCUAGGCGAGUGGUUGCAGCGGCAGUGCGGGAGGAGACCAGGGAGGCUCGCACAUAUGCGAGUGCUGUGAAGGGGCACACCCUUCCUGCCCGGCCUGUUCCUGCUCCCCGCAACCGCCGUAAACCACCCCCUGUGGACCUGACUGCUGCUGCCGCCUUGGAGGCCCCACCUGCUGAUGCUGCUCCCACGGCCCAGCCUGCUGUUGCUGCUGCUCUCGCAACACCCCCUACUGGGGCCACUGCUCCUGAGGCCCAGGCUGCUGUGGACCACGUCACCCAGAUCGUCACUAGCCUGCUACUCACCCUGCAGGAUGCGGAAGCCAAGCUUCCACACGAUCACCCCUUCCGAGCCAUCUGCCAGCUGGCAGUGGCCUUGCAGCAGCCCACGAGCCACCAUGACGAUUUCUCCCUGCAUCUCCAGCGGGAGGGCUUCGACGUGCUGGCUUUGCAGGAGGUCUACACCCAGGCUGAGGAGGUGCGCCUGCCGGGGUACGUGGGCUACAGCAGCAGGACCAGGUGCACCCUGGAUGCCUGCCACGCUGCCCCCUGCCUGGAUGACUGCCACCCGCAGGGCACAGCCCGGUGCGCCGUCUACGUGAAGCGUGAGCUCCUACAGGCUGAGGUUCCGGUGGCCGACCUGGUCGGUGGUCCCUUCGAGUGCUGUGCCGUCCGUGUACGCCUCGAGGGGGGAGACACCAUUGUGGCCAGUGUGUACGUCCGGCCAAACCAGCCUUGGGACCUCAGGUGCCUUCGGCAGCUGGCGCACAGGCUGGGGAAGGAGUUCGUGCUUUGCGGGGACGUCAACGCGCAUCACCCGGCAUGGGGCAGCCACCGGACCUGCCCAAGGGGCAGGGCACUCAGGGACACCUUGCAGCAGCUGGGCCUGCAGAUUCUGAACACAGGGGUCAGGACUUUCAUCCGUGGUGGGGGCCGGGCAGCUCAGUCGGCCAUCGACAUCAGCGCCGCCACGGAGGGAUGCCGCUACUCGUGGGCGCCGGCUCCGUACACCUGGGGUUCGGACCACCUGCCCCUCCUGCUGUCCCCCUUCCGAGGCAAGGCCCCCAGGGAUCGGGAAUACCAGGUGGUGGACUGGCGAGCCUACCGGCGGCUAUUCAAGGAGGACACGAGUGGCAGGGACCUUAUGCACCUGGCACUGAGGGCGGGGCGGCGGCGUGCAGAACGGCAGGCCUUGAGCAAGGGCCUACCCGAACUCUGGACCUGUUUCCGGAGGGUCGACGCCGUCUGCAGACGCCACGCUCGCAGGCGCAGGAACCAGGGAUGGGUGAGCGUCGGCGUCACCAUCGACAGCUCAAAGGAUGGAGCCCGUGCCUGGCGCCUGCUGAAGUGCCUGCUGAUGGUGCCCAGGGCUUACAACCAGGUGCUGUCCAUGGCUGUCCUCCUUGCCAUUCCGGCCUCUGAGCUGGCCGAACGCCUGGCCGACCAGUUCGCCAGCAGAGAGGUCGCCCAGCUAGCCACAACACCUCCUCCAGCCGCUCUCCCGUGUCCAGCCUUCUGCCAUCAUCCCGGAUGGGUGGUUGCACAGGUUCAGGAACUGUGCAACGAACCCAUCCGGAUGCACGAGCUCGUGGCAGCCCUCGAUGGAUGCAAACGACGCAGCGCCCCAGGAGCAGACGGCAUUACCUUCCAAAUGCUCCGCAACCUGGAGGAAGGAGGGCGUCAACGUCUCCUGGGGCUCUACAACGACGUCUGGAAUACCGGGGAGCUCCCGGAGCCCUGGCGAACUGCGGUGGUGGCACCCAUCCUGAAGCCUCGGAAGAAGGCCACGGCGCUCUCCUCAUACAGGCCAGUAUCGCUCACUUCAGCAGCGUGCAAGGUGCUGGAGAGGGUGGCACUGGAGAGAAUGCAGUGGAUCGCCGACCAACUGGAUUUCUUCCCGGAGCAACAGACUGGCUUCAGGAGACACCGGUGCACUGCCGACUCCAUUGCAGACGUCGUCGCCACCCUGGAGGAUGCCAAGAGCACGAAAUCGUACACCAGCGUCGAAUGGCUCGCCACCUAA